GUAUACAAAAGAGGAAACAACUCACUGCAACUCCCGAAAACGCCAACAAUGGCUCAGUCAGCAGUAAUUCCUCGCAUGUCUAUCAUCUUCCUCCACUCCAAAUCCAUGUCUUCCUUCUCUAAACCUCGCGCCAUUAUCUUCUUUCCCUCAAAGCUCAAUUCCCUCUUACUCAAAUCCCAUUUUUUGUCUACAACUUCAACUCCAUAUCCACUUCAAUACGAAAUGAUUAUCUCCCGCCCUGCUAACCAACCUUCACCUAUCCAACAACAACGCUUCCUUCCCAAUUCUAAACCUACUGAUUCCCAACCCGAACCCGAACCCCGUUCAGAACUCGGGUUCGACGAUUGGGUCGAAAGAAAACUGAAUUCUAAAUCAUCUUCUGAGGAAACCAAUUCAGGUAUUGUGAAAAUGGAUAAAGGGAAAAGGAAAUAUUAUAAUAAGAGAAGGAAAAGAAUGUUUGGUGGGUCUGAUUCUGAUGAUGAGGAGAAUAACAGGGAUAAGGAUAAUGAGUUUGUUGAGUUAAAGCAAGAAGUUGUGGAGCUACGUACAUUGCACAAGAAGGAAGAAGAGUUGUACUUUUAUGAUAAUUUUGCUUAUCCUUGGGAGAAAGAUAAGCAUUAUAAGAUGGUUUAUCAAUUGGAAAAGAAGUAUUUUCCUGAUCAGUGUUUUGAUAAGGCUUUUCUUGAACCGGGGGAGUCGAAUGAGAAUGUAAAGAAGAGUAAAAAGAAAGUGGGGAAAAGGGAAAGUAUAAUAGCAAGGGCUAUUGAUGAUGGGGUUGAUAAAAAUUUGAUCUUUUUUGAGGAAGAAGAAAAGGGUGUGAGUGAAACUAAGGAGGAAGUUAAAGUUGAUGUAUCGGAAAAGAAAGUGGAAGAGUUCUUUAAGUGUUUGAAGAAAGUUCCAAAUAAGGAAAAUGGUGUUGUUAGUGCUGAGCCGUUUUUAGCGACUAGGAGUACAGGGCUUCCUCCUAAAUGGGAUAGUCCGGGUGGGACUGUUGUAUUAGUGAACAAACCGAAAGGUUGGACUUCUUUCACUGUUUGUGGAAAGUUGCGUCGGCUAACAAAAGUGAAAAAGGUGGGCCAUGCUGGAACACUUGAUCCUAUGGCAACUGGCUUAUUGAUUGUAUGUGUUGGUAAAGCUACAAAGAUUGUUGACAGCUAUCAGGGUAUGAUGAAGGGCUACAGUGGAAUCUUCCGUUUGGGGGAGGCCACCUCUACCUGGGAUGCAGAUUCCCCGGUUAUUCAACGAGAGCCAUGGGAGCAUAUCAAGGACGAGGACAUAAAGAAAACAGCAGCAUCCUUUUUUGGAGAGAUAUGGCAAGUCCCUCCGAUGUUCUCAGCAAUCAAAGUUGGUGGUGAAAAGAUGUAUGACAAAGCAAGAAGAGGAGAAAGCAUCGAACUUUCACCGAGGAGGAUUUCAAUUUUCGAAUUUGACGUGAAGCGGAGUUUAGAUGACAGACAGAAUGUGAUUUUCCGAGUAAGAUGCUCAAAAGGUACCUAUGUCCGAUCACUUUGUGCAGACUUCGGGAAAGCUCUUGGCAGUUGCGCUCACUUGACAGCUUUACGACGAGAUUCAAUAGGAGAGUAUACAGCGGACGAUGCUUGGGAAUUUCAAGAAUUGGAAGAGUCCAUCACUAAAGGAUACUUGUAAGAUGUUUUGAGAUUCCAUGGGACAGAGUUAUCCAGUACAUGUGCUGGUGGAAGGCUGAGGUAUCAGCGGGAUAGUCGAGGUGCCCGCAAGCGGCAUGGGCACCACCAUUUUAGAAGAAAAAGAUUCUUGGAAAUUCCACAUUUUUGGUGGUAAUUGGAGAUCUAUACAUAUUUAUCUUCUGACUAACUACCUUAACCUCAACAAAGGGAUAAUGGUGUUUUCACUUUCUCCACCACAUUACCUCUUUCCUUGUUCUUUCCCUAUUUUGCUUCGUUUCUGUGCGAAAGUGUUAUGUUAUAACCUUUGUAAGAUGAAGAUAAUGAUGAAUUGUAAUACGUCUUGGUAUUUCAACC